GUCUGUGUGUGUGUGUGUCUGUGGUUCAGUCUGGAGGCUGCUCAGGUGAAGCUGACACUCUCAUCAUCUGUGAGCUCUAUAUGAGCCUUUACUGAUCUCCUGGUUUACUCCACAAGGAUUUAAAGCUCUUUGGAUGUUUGUGUGCGUGAAACAUGCUGUUGUGAUUUCACCUCCCUUGAGACUUUGAUCCCUCGGUGGCUGCUGGGAAAAUAAAAAGCGCACCUUUUUUUUUUUUUGCUCGGUCUUUCUUUGGGUUUGGUUCUUUACAUCGGUGCAGAAAUGUCAGCUGUCAACUCCGACCACUUAAUGAGCGGAGACCCGGAGCAGCUGGAGGCCGGGAUCCUUCAGCAGCAGACCGUGUUUGUCAUCCUGGACUCGGCUGAAACACUCAAUCUGGUCCGGGUGGAGUCCGGCAUCGUCGCUGACAUCGAGGUCGACAAUUUGCUGCCGUCAGAGUCCGACACCUUCUAUCAGAUUAAGAGUCAGCCAAUCAGCUUCAGUGCUUCAGCAGCAGUCUCCUCUUCAUCAACUUCAUCCUCACUGCCGUCAGCCAUGUCGUCAAGGGUUUUGAUGCGUCAGGACCUGAUGCGUCAACAGGCUCUUGAGGAGGAACAGAAGGAGGCGCAGCAGCUCUCCCGCCUCCCGACUGACUCCUCCUCCCCCGUCUCCGUGUCCAUGUCGUCCUCCUGCAGACCUCCUGCUCAGGUCCCUGUGGAGGUGCUCAAGGUGCAGACUCACCUGGAGAACCCCACCAGGUAUCACAUCGAGCAGUCUCAGAGGCAGCAGGUGCGUCAGUAUCUCUCCACCACUCAGGCCGCCACCGCCAAGACUGUCAAUCUGAUGCUCGGCCCCUCCCCCCAGCUCUGCGUCGCCCCCGGCAACCAGCCUGCAGCCAGCAGCCCCAAACGUGAGUUCGAAGAGACAAUCAUCGAUGAUAUGAUCAGCCUUGAAUCGAGCCUCAACGAGGACUUCCUGACGCUGAUCGAUUCCGGACCUCAGCUCGCUACCACGCUGCCGGGGAACAUGCUGGACGUGUACGGCGGCGUUGGCAGCAGAGGGUUGGCCAUGCCUACCAUCACCGUUAGCAACAGUUGCCCGGCCAACCUGCACGCCGUCAAGACUGAGCUGAGCCAUGUGGAGUCCAAAACUCUGAUCAAAGAGAGACAGAAGAAGGAUAAUCACAACCUCAUCGAGAGAAGGAGGAGGUUCAACAUCAACGACCGGAUCAAAGAGCUCGGAGCGCUCAUCCCUAAAGACAGCGACCUGUCAGUUCACAUGGAGACGAGGUGGAACAAAGGAACCAUCCUGAAGGCGUCGGUGGAUUACAUCCGCAAACUGCAGAAAGACCAACAUAGAUCUCGAGAGAUGGAGGAGAGACAGAGGAGGCUGGAGAGCACCAACCGCUCUCUGAUGCUCAAGAUACAGGAGUUGGAGCGUCAGGCUCACCACCACGGCCUCUCCUCCUCCUCCUCCUCUUCCUCUCUUGACGUCACCGUGGCCGACCACCAGGCACUCCUGUCCCAAUCGCUGCAUCACCACUCCUCCUCUGUUGUCAUGACGACCCUGGCAUCCCCGCCUCUGGGUUUAGAUGCCCUGAGCUUCGCGGAGCUGGAUGACCCUCAAGGGGUGUCGGGCAUCUUCUCCCCCGACCUGAUGUGCGACGUCGGGCUGACGGCGCUCGACAGCCUCGGAGACAUCCUGAUGGAGGAAGGAGGAAGAGGAGGCGUGAUGUCACCUGUGGGAGGCGCCGACCCACUGCUGUCCUGCAGCGCCUCAAAGAGCAGCAGUAGGAGGAGCAGCUUCAGCAUGGACGACGACCUCUGAUGACAUCAGCACUUUGAGGGAUUUGAUUGGUCCGUGCUGGAGGCAGGAGGCGGGCCUGCUGGGAGCAUUUUUUUUUUGUUGUUAAACAGAACUAGUUUUAAUCGAUGACAUCACAAACUAAAAAAAAAAAUGCACAAAGUCGAUGUCACAGGGAAUCAUUGUCCUACAGUGUAACCAUGGCAACCACUGUCCCUCCAGAAUCCUCCUUUGUAACCAUAGUAAGCACUGUGUCCUCAGUGUAGCCAUGGUAACUACUGCGUCCUCCUCCGUACCCAUGGUAACCACUGUAUCCUUCCACUGUAACCUUGGCGAUCACUGUGUCCUGAGGCGUGAGUUCAGCCCAGAGACAACUGCGAGCUGAUUGGUUGUUACUGAACAAACCCCUCACAGCUGAUUGGUUAGUAGAGGUGCGGCUGGUCGGCGCUUAAGGUGAUCAAUAACUCUCAAUAAGGAUCAAUAGCAGCUGAAAAGUCUUAAAUUCAGUUUUUAAAACAGUCUGAAUUUGUUGGUUUUAGUUUAGAAGACGUUUCUUGUUCUCAGGAUAAACAAAAACAUCAUCAGUGAAGAAUUCAAGACUCCAAAAUGAGCUGAAUUUGGCUUAAAGUUCUUCAUUCUGCACCACGAGGAACCUGAAACGUGUUCUUUAAUGCAGUGAAAGGAGUCGUUUUAUAAAUCUAAGCUGCUCUUAAACAGUUUUAACUUCCUGCAGAUCAAAAAACUCUUAAACCAUCCUGAUGAACUGGCUCUUUUGCUUCCAAUCAGCUGUUAAUGGUUGUGUUUGACCAAUCAGUGACCUGCAACACUGUAAAGCUGCGUCCUGAUAGGUCCUGCUCCAUCACAUGGUCAGGAUCAGGCACGCUCUGAAGAGAACUCCUAUAUACUCAUGCAAAGUCAAAAUUCUGACUUAAUUAAAAUGAUGAGAUAAUAAUUUCAGUGACGUCAUGGCGGCCGACGGGUUAAAGGAACCACAGCGUCCUGGUUUAAGUCCUCGCUGACUCUUUAAUAAAGGCUUAAAAUGAUCAAAAUACUUCAAGAUACUAAUUUAAAAUUGCGACUCGCUACAUUAAAAAUAUUAGAUAAGUCAUAAUUCUGAUUUGUUUCUGAUAAUCUUCACCUUUUUAAAGUAUUUGUUUUUUACUUUUAACAUUUAAAAUGAUGAGAUAUUAAUACAAAAUUCUGAUUUACCAUCUAAUGAUCUUACUUAAAAGUCCAAAAUUUGGCUCAGUAACUUGUAAUUCUGACUUUAAAAAGUUACAUUUUUGACUUUUCAUGAGUAUGUUGUUAUUCUUAAACGUAUCUUUUCCUGACUCCAAAGCGAUUCCUCACAAGACGGGUUCCCAAAAAAUGUUCCCAGAAAGGUUCCUGUGGUUGAAAAGGGCUUAAAAUCACCUCUGUUGACAUAUAUAUAUAUAUUUUUUAUAAUGAUUUAAAUGAGAGUGAAUCAGUUGUUUUAGCUGUUAAUAUAAAAGUCCUGCUGCGCCCCCAUCAGUGAUGUCACAGCAGUACGGAAAUGAUCGAUUGAUUAUAUGAGUUUCACUGUUCUGACCAGUUUAACCAAGAGAGACAACAUAUCAAACACAUCCGAGUCUUAAAGUGUUUAAUCACCUCUAAGCCAGUUUUCAGAGUAAAGAAGCAGUUUGAAAUGAUUAUAGUUGAGUAUUCAGGAAAAAGGUUGGAGGGUUUUUUAAUGGGACGUCUGCUCUGACACCUCAGUCCUGUUAAAUGUAAAUAUGUACAUAAACACAUGAAUCUAUAAUCACUGUGUGCUGGAAACAAACACCCUGAGCAGAUGUUUUAGUGGAAGAAAUGAGAAAACGUCAGCUUAUUUUUAACGUUAGGCUAUUAGUCUGUUGUUAUCUUAAGAUUUCAGAGGAAACCGAAGGGAAACUAUUGAUCCACCAGCAGCAUCGCCUGGAUCUGUUCUCAUGGAGAGAGAAAGCUCGUUUUAAAGGGGCAUACAGCUGUUUUAGCUGCUCCAUCAGUGUUUACAUUAAUGUCCUUCUUUUAAUCAGUGUCACUUCAAAACAUUUUAAGAAUCCACCUGCAGAGAGAUAAUCCAGUAUCAGGAUGUUUUUCAUCAUUUUGUAAUUAUGUUGAGAGCAGUUGAGAGCAAAAUCUCUCCCUGCUUAAGUUCAAAUGUGAGAUUUCAGAGUCGACUGUGGACCAAAUUCACUAAACAGUACGAACUGUAGUUUGGAACCAACAGCCAAGUUAUAUAGGAGUUAACGAUAGCAUCUCUCAUCUAUGACUUACUGAGGCCAUGUGCACACGUAGCCGGGUAUUCAUAAUAACGGAUAAUAACGGACCCCCCCCCUCCUUUUUCAAUAAUAACAUCGUCCACACUGGAUCGAUUUCAGAAAAGUUUUCAUCUACCUGAACCUGCAUAAAUACGCUGCAUGAAGCCUAAACAAAGGUUGCACACCUGACGACGUUAAUGCAUUUACUGUUGCAUACUUUGACGUUUGGGAACCUAAAACUCCCAAAAUUUCCACUUUGGCCGAAGUUUUCAGAAAUAAUAGUUUACAGUGACCUAGAACUGAGUUUUCGUGUGGAUAAAAGGCAAAAACGUAUGAAAAUAUAUUGUUUUUUCCAGAUACCCGCCUAUGUGUGUAAAUGCCCGUAAUGGACACCAGCUAGUUGUAAGUGUUAACAACAGUUUGUGCAGUCAGCUAACGAACAUUAACAUCAACUGGUUAACAAUGAGCUGUAGAUUAUCUGUAGUUCAGAAUAUCCGUUAGCUAUAGCAUGUCUCAUCUUGGACAAAUUCAACUAAUAACUUAAUUGACACCAGCUAGUUGUAACUGUUGACUACAGACUUGAUAGUUUGUACAGUCAGCUAACGUUAGGAGUUAACAGUGAGCUAACAGACUGUUGGCUGCAGCUGAAAGAUAAGACGCUGCAGUUUGGAGCCAACUGAUAAGUUAGCGGUUAGCGCCACAACAUCAGUUAGACACAAAGCUAACUCACUGCUGUAGCUGAAGCUAGCAGUCAGGUAGCUUUGGGUUUAAGUGUUCUGCACAUUAAUGGCGUCUGCAGACAAACAUGAAGCAGCAGAUUUGUUUCUUUGCACAUUAAUGACAUUUGCAGACAAACAUGAAGCAGCAGAUUUGUUUCUUUGAGGUUUGUACAGAAACUCAGGGUUAAUCUGACGUCAGCUGUCUGCUUCACAUUCAGACUCUGUGACACCUGAACCUUUAAAAUGUUUGAAAUUUCAAUCCAGCAGAUUCAGUUUCAUCACUUCCUCACUGACGGAGAAACAUUUUAAUAAUGAGGAUAUCACCAGAAUAAAGAGCCAUGAACAGUCAGGAUGUUACACCAGGUGAUACCGGUUACUAUAGCAACAGCAUCCGGUUCAGCUGUCAAUCAUCUGUUAUCAGGUGAAAACUUCUUCCAGAAAGGGAUUUAUGUUUGUCCUUUAUCGAUGUAUUAUUAUAUUUUUAUGACAUCUAUGUUUACAAACACACAGCGCAGUGUUUAUUUGUUUCAUGUAGUCUGAAAAUGAAUUGAAUAUAUUUCAUUUAACGUCACGUUUGUUUUUAUAGAUCCUAUAUAUGUUUCAGAUUUAAACUUUUUUUAUUGAAAUAAACUCAUA